AGCUAUCAUCAGCAGUGGCUACUGAAUGUGCCAGGGGGUCUGAUGAAGCCUCAACAGCAGUAUCUGCAUGAAGACCAUUGAGAAAAGAAGUCAUUCUCAGUGUGACCUCAGUUCACCCACUCUCGGCAGCGCCUCAGCAGUGGUUAUCGAAUGUGUUCAGUGCUGCAACUGUACGAGGGGAGGAAGUGUAAAAAUAAAGGAGGAAGGGGUGAAGAGAUGGAGUGAGGAAUGGAGUGAAGACAGAUGCUGGGAGACUCUCAGAGAAAACGAAUGAAGGAAACAGAAGAAUGAUGAUGACGAUUAAUGUUUUUCUGCUCCUAAUAUUUUCAGCCAUCCCAGCAUGGAGCCAAACUCUGCUGGACGUGUGUGCAACCUGCCACGCUAACGCCACAUGUGAGGACAAGCCAAAUGGCUCUGGUAAAGUCUGUAACUGCAAGUACGGCUUUGUCGGAAAUGGGAUAACCUUCUGUCAAGAUAAAGAUGAAUGUCAGAUAGGAGCCAGUAAGAUCUGUGGGAAGCACACCACAUGCUACAACACAUAUGGUAGUUACUACUGUACCUGCCUGGCCGGCUACAGCCCAUCUAACAACAUGAUGGCCUUCAUCCCAAAUGAUGGAACCCAUUGCCAAGAUAUUGAUGAGUGCAGGAUCACAGGGCUAUGUGGAGAGGGAGGCCGUUGUAGAAACCUCGAGGGCAGCUUUGAUUGCAGCUGCCAGGUUGGAUACCGAGUCCACAACGGAGCUGAGCCUUUUCACCCUCAGAGAGACACAGCUUCCUGCAAAGUGGUUGACUGUGGUCAGCCCACCCCAGUGGAGGACACGGUACUCCUAUCUAUUACAGGAACCACAUACGGUGGUAUGGCCACCUUUGGUUGUGAUGAAGGCUUUGUGUGGCGGAGAGGACACAACAGCUCUGAGUGCAGAGUGAACGGGUCGUGGAGCGGGCCCACCCUGGUCUGUGAAGAGAUCUUGUGUGGGAAUCCUCCUUUGAUUGAAUUCACAGAGCAGGUGUGGAACAACAGUUUGUCACCUGGCAGCGCAGUGCUGUAUCUCUGUAAAGAGGGCUUUCAUAAUAAUGGAGGAUAUAAUGUAUCCAUCUGUGAUAAAAAUGGUCACUGGACAUCUCCAACUUUGUUGUGCCAAGAGACAUUGUGUGCAGAUCCGCCUGUUGUGUCCCACACUGCACAGGUGUGGGAUGGCAGCUUCACUUAUGGAAGCACAGCAACUUAUUACUGUAAUAUUGGAUUUUAUCAUCUUGAAGGUAGCAAUGUAUCAGUGUGUGCAGAUAAUGGUUACUGGACAGUGCCUGGCAUUCUGUGCAAAGAGGUUGACUGUGGAGAGCCCAUUUCUAUCCCUCAUGCAGUAAUGGUGUGGGAAAGAAUUGCUACUGUGGGCUCUAAGGUUGUUUAUAUGUGUGACAAUGGAUAUGUCAAUGUUGGUGAAGGAAAUGUAUCAAUUUGCACUGCCAGCGGAAGAUGGAAUAUGCCCUCUCUGUCCUGCCAAGAAAUCAGUUGUACAGAGCCUCCUUUUAUAGAGCAUGCUAAAAUGCAAUGGGAUGGCACACCACGCAUUGGUAAUGUGGUGUAUUACCAAUGUGAGAAAGGAUAUUAUGCCAGAGGCCUGAGAAACUACUCGUCAUGUGGAGAGAAUGGACUGUGGGAGGAUGUUGAUCUGUCAUGUGAAGAAAUCUGUUGUAUGCAGCCUCCUUCUAUAAAGCACGCUAAAAUGCAAUGGGAAGGCACACCACGCAUUGGUAAUGUGGUUUAUUACCAAUGUGAAGAAGGAUAUUACGCCAGAGGCCUGAGAACCUACUCAGUGUGUGGAGAAAAUGGAUUGUGGGAGGAUGUUGAUCUGUCAUGUGAAGAAGUAAACUGCGGUCACCCAAAAUGUCACCCCAACACUAAGCUGCUGUGGGACGGAAACAGCACACAAGGCAGUGUUGCACAGUGUGAAUGUGUGGAUGGGUUUUACCAAGAAAGUGGAAAUAAUUUGUCAACAUGUUCAGAGUCAGGAGUGUGGGAGGAAGUAUCUGUAAAAUGCAAAGCUGAAUGUGGCCCUGUUCCAUUCCUUGCCAACUCAGACGUAGUGUGGCACAACAGAAGUGUUGUGAUCCACCAAUGUGCAGCGGGAUAUCACAGCUGGAGGGGCACAAACAUGUCUGUGUGUGGCAGCUCUGGACUAUGGCUGAGAGCUACUCUGACAUGUAUCGAAAUCAAGCCACCUAUUAAUAAGCUACUACUCCAUAAUGGAAACUGUCUGAAGUGGAAGGCAGAGAAGUAUGAGGAAGAUACAGAACUUUAUAAGGUCAUUUAUUUUGGAUUCAGAGACUACCAGAGAUCAUUUCUAGACAAAGGACAGCAUUAUUUGAGGUCCAAGGAUGAUUGGCUGAGAAUUUGCCUCAAGCUGCUUCCAUUAACAAAUUACAGCAUUUCUAUCACUGCAGUAACAGCCAGAUUCACAGUCACCAUCACAGCCAACACUAGUUUAACAGUACCUCCAGCACCAGUUGUCUACUACACAGAGGAGGAGACUCCAGUACCAACUUUGAGGUUGCAGAGAUCUCCCAACACACUGGAUCCUAUAAGCUUCUACCAAAUCUUUGUGCUUCCUGUUGAGGAGAUUCUCAUGUUUGACUGCACCUCUCCUGUGAGCUUAAACCCUUUAAGCAGGACACAAUCACCAAUUGAAUACAUGACAGCCCAGCUUGUUGUCCAGAAUCUUGCAACAAAAGUGAACUUUACUGUGGGGGAUGGAUUCCUGUAUGGGGGCUUCUAUAAUGCACCAUUGGAGAGUGGUAACACCUACUUUAUUGUCCUACGAGUUGUCAGUCAGUGGAAAACGAUGUCGAGAAGCUGCUGUGUCCUUUGGGCUAAAGUAGCAGGUACAUCUUAUAUUCUGAGGGUUUCAUCGCUGUCUGCUGCUGCAUGUGUAGGAGUGGUUGCCCUGGUUUUAUUAGGGGGAUACAGCUUGGCCUGGUGUGUGAACAGGACCUAACCAUCCUCUGCACCAGUCUCUUUAGUAAUAGUAACAAAUAAAAUGUUUCUAAACUGUACAUCCUGUAAAUACUCACUUCAUAUAUUAUCAUAAAUUGUCAUUAUUAUUAUCAUUAUGACAUUCAAAAUUAAUACACUUCUGUUUUCCAAUAUGUACCAUAUUAAGACUUAUUAUUGAUUAUGGAAUGUGAUCAUUUUCUGGCUGCUGUGUUGACACUGUUAGUUUGCAGACUUAAAUUUCUAACUUAAAAUAAUAAACUACUGUUUCCUUG